CUGGACUUAUGUGGGUCAGUUUGGAACAGUUAAUGCUGUAGUAAGUCUGAUAUGUCCUGAACACUGUGUUUAGUUGAAUUUAUGCUGAGUUUUUGCUGAGUUUUGAGAGAUUAGUGUGAGGCUGUUCAGUUUCGUUUCUCAGUCAGACUCAGGGUUUCUGUAGAAGGACCGCCCAGUUCUCAGCGGAGUAAAGUUAAUUUGAUAUUCGAUAUUCAGCGGAGAUUCGCCUUGACCGCCCAGUUCUCUACCCAACAUCCAGCCCAGGCUUCAGUGCAGCAGAUACAGCAGUUAUUCAGCGCUAUUGUUCACAGGAUGAACAACAGGAGGAAUAUAGACACGCUGCCCCCCAGAUACUGUAAGGUGGGGCUGGAGUUUGUAGCGUAUCUCAAUGAAACAAACCGGAUAAAUAUUCAUAACAGAAGUUCCCUUCAGCAGAUCUACAACACCGAGUUUAAACUCAAUCGCAGGGAUGGUGUCGAAACAAAAGAUCCAAAAUUCUCUUCAAUCCUUUAUGCACUCAGACGGAACAACAGAGCUCGGAUCACCAAGGACCGAAAGGUUUACUUCACAAAUGACGUUUUACGAGACCAGUGGUACAGACCCCGUAACAGACAGCAGAGUUCCACCAGAAGCUCUCCAUCACCUUCUAAUGGUCUGGACGCGGGGGCUUCUCCCGCUGCCCCAGCCAGUGAUGCUGAAGGUGGCAUUAAAGCCAGGAGAAAACUGGCCCGGGAACUCCUCGGCAAGCUCAGGAAAAACAGGUCGGAGUUUAUGGCCGACAAAAAUGGAAUUCAAAUCACCUCUGAGCUGGAGAUGGUGAAUGAUAAAAUGUGCAUCUGUGUGGAGCGUGAGGGGAGUUAUGAGCGGAAGCUGUUUGUGGAGAACAAGGGAGGCAGCGAUGUUGAAUUCACCUACUAUUCACCUCUUCAGUGGAUGCACUGCUUCAAGUUUGAGGACUCGGCGAGAGUCACCCGCAAUGAUCCUCGACUCAUCAGCCCAGGUGAGACGUAUGAGGUGAAAUUGACGUUCUUUGCAGAGGAUGUGGGUGUUUUUGCUUCUACAGUGGCCUUUGAGUUUAAAAGCACAGACCUGUCCUCCAGACCGUUCCACAUUGUGCGCUUCAUAGAGGCGGAGUUCAGGAAUCAGCUGGUUAUGGCGCUGGCGCCUGUCGAGCCGUACAAACCAUUCCGACUGAGCAGCCUCCCAAAUGUGAAAUACAACGUGGACGAGGGACAGAAACCACAGAGUCAGGUCUUAAAUCGUCUUGAAUAUGAGGUUCUAUUACAGGACUAUAAUUGUCCAGGUUACAUCAAUGAUCUAACCACGAUCCUGAAAGACGCUUCAAGAGUUCCCCGGGGUCAUCUCCAGGAUAAGAAGUCUCUGCUGGAAACUCCUCUGAGUUUCCAGAACUAUGCAGAUCGCUUCCAUCUGCUGCUCUAUCUGGAGGAGGCUCAGAUGUUGGUGGACAUCAAGAGAUACAACAAAGAAAACGUCACCAUGACUCAGGACAAGCAGAACAAGAAGCUUCUGGAGCUGGAGGUUCCAGGUGUGUCUGAGAAUCGUCCCUCAGUGCUGAGAGGUGAUCACUUGCUGCUCACUAAGAGUAAAGAUCUGAAUCUGCCGUUUGUCACCAAAUAUAAGGGCUAUGUGCACCGGGUGGAGCUCGACAAGCUCAAACUGGGCUUCUCCUCAAAGUUCCUGUCCUCCUUCAUAAACAACAUGAAGUUUCAGGUGGAGUUCACCUUUAACCGGCUGCUGAUGAGACUCCAGCACCGCGCUGUGCAGCUGGCCGUCGACCACAAUCUGGAGGAGGUCCUGUUCCCCACGGGGUCAACGGCUCCAUCUUCAGGCACCAAACCUCAUUUAAAGCUCUUUGAUCGUACUUUGGAGAAGAAUCAUGAGCAGUACACUGCAGUGUGUAACAUUGUGGAGGGAGUGUCUAAACCAGCCCCAUAUCUGGUGUUUGGGCCUCCAGGAACAGGCAAAACCGUCACCAUGGUGGAAGCUAUAAAACAGGUGGAGAAGUGUAUACCUGGCGCCCGUAUCCUGGCGUGUGCUCCCUCCAACAGUGCUGCAGAUCAGCUGUGUGAGAAGCUGCUGCCUCACGUUGACUCUCACAAAGUCUACAGGAUUUACGCUCUCAGCCGCAGCCCUGCAGAGAUUCCCCCCAGCCUGCUGGACUGCUGUAAUCUCAGUGGUGAUGAUUACGAGUACCCGAGUAAAGAAGAGCUGAUGGACUACAAGAUCCUGGUCACCACUGCCUAUACAGCUGGCAGGCUGGUCACUGGUGGACUACCUGCGGGUCAUUUCACUCAUAUCUUUGUGGAUGAAGCUGGUCAUGCUGUGGAGUCUGAGGCUAUCAUCGGCAUCGCUGGUCUGCUGCGUGCAGAGACAGGGCAGCUGGUACUGGCUGGAGAUCCAAAGCAGCUGGGACCCAUUCUGAGAUCUCCCAUCGCUAUUCAGUACGGACUGGGUCUGUCACUUCUGGAGAGACUGAUGACCAAAAACCCUCUGUAUCAGAAGGGAGAAACUGGAUUCAACCCUCGCUACGUCACCAAGCUGCUGCAGAACUACAGAUCUCACAGAUCCAUCCUGAAGAUCCCCAACGAGAUGUUCUAUGAUGGAGAGCUGCAGGCGCGUGCAGACGAGUACAGCACCAGCCUGUACUGCAACUGGGAGCACCUCCCUAAGAGAGGUUUUCCUCUGAUAUUCCAUGGGGUACAGGGGAAGGAUGAGCGGGAGUCCAGCAGUCCGUCUUUCUUCAACACCACUGAGAUCACCAAAGUCAUCGACUACCUGAAGAAGCUGCUGCUGACGACGCAGGGCAAGAAGGGCAUUGCCAAGAUCUCGCCCAAAGACAUCGGCAUCAUCACUCCCUACAGGAAACAGGUGGAGAAACUGAGGAAGGCCAUCAGAAUGUGUGAUAAGGAGCUGAAAGUCUUCAAGGGCAUUGACGAGCUGAAGGUGGGCUCAGUGGAGGAGUUUCAGGGUCAGGAGCGGAGGGUGAUCAUUGUGUCUACAGUGCGCAGCAGCGGCGAAUACAUCAACAUAGACACAGAUUUCAACAUCGGCUUCCUCAACAAUGAGAAGAGAUUCAACGUGGCCAUGACUCGAGCCAAGUCCCUCCUCAUUGUGGUGGGAAACCCCAUCAUCCUCAGCAGCGAUUCCACCUGGUCCAGGUUCAUUCAGUACUGCACUGAUGAGGGAGGCUACACUGGUAUGAACCGUACGAAUAUAGAAGGUACAGAUGAGAUUAUAGUGCGGAUAGCAGCCCUCAGCCUCCAGAUGGCGGAGGAAGUGGACACUGGGGAGAGUAGCAUCCAGGCCUAUGCUCACCCUGAGUGGAGGAAUGAACAGUAGCACUUUCAUCUUUUUCAUCUCACCUCUCACCUCUGUUUUUCUCAUUUUCCUGGGCUUUCCUUCAGAAGAUUCAUCCAUCCUUCUUCACCUGCAGUUCUUCAGCUUCAGAUCCUGCAACCUUUAUCUCAAACAUUAAACUUCAGAACUUUAUGUACACUCCAAAAACUGCUGGGGUUAAAAAAAAAAAAAAAAAAACUCAAUUUGGGUCAUUUUCACAAAGAAAGCGACAUGACGUCGCUGUCCAAUGAAAAGCACUUAUCUCCAUUAUUGUCAUUAUUUUUAGUUUACCACAUAAUUUGUACAGAUAAACAAAGUGCCAAUUUUUUUUUUUGAUAAACGGACCAAUAGAAACUCUUCAAAAUGACCUGAAAUAAACUCUUUUUACAUUGACUUCCAUUGAAAGUUUUCAUGUUUUUUUCUCUCUUCUGUAAAGAUGCUGUUUUGGAUAUGAGUGUUUUUCAUUGGACAGCGACGAUGAGUUUCAAGGUGCAUCUCCAAAGAUUAGAAUAUCAUUAAAAAGUUAAAAAAUAUAAAAUUCAUAUAUUAUAUAGAUGUAUUACACACAGAGAGAUCUAUUUUAAAAUCUCUUUUAUUUUUAUUUUUUAUUAUUGUUGAUGAUUUUAUGGCUUACAGCCAAUGAAAUCUCAAAAAUCAGUGUCUCAGAAAAUUAGAAUAUUAUAUUAUAAGACCAACUGGUUCUUUUGGCUACAGUGUGGGCAGUGUGCCAAGUCCUGCUGGAAAAUGAAAUCCACAUCUCCAUAAAAGUUGUCAGUAGCAGAGGGAAGCAUGAAGUGCUGUAAGAUUUUCUGGGAAAACACACUGCCUGCUUCCCUUUCAUGUGCCUCCCUCAUUAAAUAUUAUAUCAUGUAACAGAAAUACAGCUUAGUAUAUACAGCUGAUAUAUAUAUUUUUCUACUUUAUAUAUAUCUUCUUCUUCAGCAGCAUUUAUGUUGCAUUUAAGUGGUGCCAGAAACUGUUCGUACCACAUGGAGAGAGCCGACAUUGCAUUGCAUUGCAGUGAAUGUAUCCUCACUGUGCCUCGAAAAAAUUAAGCAGGGUUAACUAUAUGCAAAUGAGAACAGUGGCCACACUGCAUGUAACCAAUCAGAGAGAAGUAAGCUAGUGCAUGACUAGCUGAGCAAGAGAAAUUCUCUCAUUUCAAAGCAAUACAACUUAGUUUUUUUCUAAGUGUAAAAUUUAAGAACAACAGCCUUCAUCAGGUCUCACUUAAAAAAAAAAAAGUCACCUUACUUUUAGUAAUUAAAACUAAAAUCAAAAUAACAGUUUUCUUCUGUUCCGUGCACUUAAGAUUUAUAUAUAUAUAUAUAUAUAUAUAUAUAUAUAUAUAUAUAUAUAUAUAUAUAUAUAUUUCUUUCUUUCUUUGUAACAUUUCUUUAAAUUUGUGUAGAAUCUCAAAAUCCUUCAAGUAAGAUAAAUUUGAGUAUUUUUAAUUAGUUUAAGUCUUACUUUAGGGAGAUUUUUGCUUAUUUCAGGUUUAUUUGUGAGCUUAUUUUAAGAAAUCUUGAAUCUCUAAGAAAAAUAAACUAAAUAUAAACAUGUAUGUCUACACCUUUUUACAUUUUACCAUUUUAUGAAAUACAUUAACUCCUUUAGAACUAAAUGGUAUCAACAUACCUGUGACAGAAUGACAGAAUCUGGUUCACAGUACUAUAUUUUAGAAUUAGGUUGAUUUAAAACUAAAAACAAAUAAAAAAUUGUGACUACUUCAAUUCAAAAUCAUCAUAGACACGCCCACACGGUGAGCAUAGAGAUCAGAUACAGUGGAAUCUGGAUGAUGAGUUUUUAUAUAUAAGAGAGAAUCAGACUUUUAGUCUUUUCUUCUAGUGUGUUUUUAGCAUUAAUCAUAUGUAGUUUAUUGUUUCAGUAUUAAAAGUGUAAUACAUUUAAUCAUAGCUUUCAUUUUCAAGCAUUAAUUUUUUUAUUUAGUUCUCGUCUCAUUUUCGUAUUUAACGAAAUGAACACCGAUUUGGUUAGCUGAUUAACUCAGCUGAUUGGCUAAUUGCAUUAAAUUUAUAAAGAUAAUGUUGAUGUUUACUUUAAAACAACUUAAAACAGUGGAAUCAGGCAUAACUUGAUCAAAAGCUGAAGGUGGCUAAUCUUUGAAUCUUUGACAUUGAAUUAUUUAUACAUGUACAGACAAUUACAUAAUUAUAAUUAUAAUUAUAUAGUUUAUCAGUUCACUUAAUAUUAAGCCCUAUCUGAAUGAGAUUAGUUUCUCAGGGGUUCCUGGGGUAAUUUUCUCUUGAUUUUAUUCCAGUCUAGAACAACCAUGUAUUUGUGUUUUUCUCAGACGUCCUCUAAUUUUAGUAAUUUUAGUCCUGUCCGGAUCCAGAUCGCUGAGUUUUGUCUCCUUGUGUUAAAAUAGCUAUUUGUCCACUGUUGCACACCGUCAUUACACUUUGGGCGUGUGUUUCCAUGGAGAUCCAUGUAUAAAAAAAACACAACAGUGAGUGGAAAUGGAGGAGCUACUGAACAUGAUGUCUCGUGACCGAGAAAGCAUAAAAAACUCACUGGUCCUCCUGUUUUUUUUGUUGCAGUCCAGAUGCAAGAGUUUUAUAUAUUUUUCACAGGCGUCCCCCUGAGAAACUAAUCCCGUCCAAAUGACCCAACAGUCUAAACCCAGCAGUUUUUAGAGUGUAAGAGUGUAGUUGACACAAUUUACAAUCCUUCAGGUCUUCAAAUCUUUUUUAACAAUACCUUUUUUAUUGCUAAAUAAAAUAUAAAAAGAGUUUACAUCAUAUUAAAUAAGCAUACAUUUUACUCACAGUCAGAAAGAAGCAUUUGUAUUAGUCUAAGAACAAUGACUGAAUGUCUUACUGAAAGAUCUAACUAAUGAUGUUUCAAUCUCAGGAUUUUAAUGCUGCAUUUUUAUAGUUUUUUUGAAUAUGACUCAGAGUAUGACUGAGUGCAUUUGCUCUGCAUUAGAGCUGUUUCUGUAAUCCUGCUGUCUGGUGAAUUGUGUAUCUGCUGUUUUAGUCUUAUUUUACUACAGUUAAAGGUGUUUUCACACCAGCGCCAGUGUUUGUUCUGGUUAUGUUUGAGUUAAACAGCUGUUCAGUUGCAGUUUAAUCUGAUUUAUUACAAUCAUUAUUAUUAAUUAUAAAUGAUGCAAAAUGGCAUUUUUGUAAAGGUGUUUUAAAACCCAAUAUGUUGCAUUAAAACAAUAGAAGUUAUGUUUAAAAAAAUGUGCAGGUUUGUUUCCUGUUGAAGAUUUGUACCUUUAAUAAAACACACAAUUUAUAUGUUGUAAACUCAA